GCGGCGGAGCCAGAAGCGCGCUCGGCGGGCGCACACGGCGCAAGAGGCGGGCGGCGAACGGGGAGACGAGCUGCAGCGGCAGCGGCUCGAGCGAGCCUUCUCGGUUUCCUGCUCCGGCAGGGCUGGAGCCGGCCGCGGCGGCAGGAUUGGCGGCCAGCCUGCCGGACGAUGUGCCCGGCCGCGGGGCAGAAAGGUGCCCGGCGGCGGCGGCGGUUGCUGCUGCCGGCGGCGCUGCUCUUGCUGGCGGCGCUGGAGGCGGCGUGCGCUUUCGGCGACGAAGAGGAGCGCCGCUGCGAUGCCAUCCGCAUCUCCAUGUGCCAGAACUUGGGCUACAACGUCACCAAGAUGCCCAACCUGGUGGGCAGCCAGUUCCAGACCGACGCCGAGCUCCAGUUGACCACCUUCACCCCGCUCAUCCAGUACGGCUGCUCCAGCCAGCUGCAGUUCUUCCUGUGUUCCGUCUACGUCCCCUUGUGCACGGAGAAAAUCAAUAUCCCGAUCGGCCCCUGCAUCGGCAUGUGCCUCUCCGUCAAAAGGCGAUGUGAGCCAGUCCUGAAAGAAUUUGGCUUCUCCUGGCCAGAAAACCUGAAUUGCAGCAGGUUCCCUCCACAGAACGACCAAAAUCACAUGUGCAUGGAAGGGCCAGGAGACGAGGAGGUCCCCCUCCACAGCAAGGCCCCCUUGCAUCCCGGAGAAGAAUGCCAAAAUGUCGGAUCAAACUCAGAUCAGUAUAUCUGGGUCCGAAGAAGCUUGAAUUGCGUUCUCAAGUGCGGCUACGACUCUGGCCUCUACAGCCGGUCCGCCAAGGCGUUCACCGACAUCUGGAUGGCCGUGUGGGCGAGUCUCUGUUUCAUUUCCACCGCCUUCACCGUCCUGACCUUUUUGAUUGAUUCCACUCGCUUUUCCUAUCCGGAGCGGCCCAUCAUAUUCCUGAGCAUGUGCUACAAUAUUUAUAGCAUCGCUUAUAUUGUCCGGCUGACCGUAGGCCGAGAAAGGAUUUCCUGUGAUUUUGAUGAGGCCGUCGAGCCUGUUCUCAUCCAGGAGGGCCUCAAGAACACCGGAUGUGCCAUCAUUUUUUUGCUGAUGUACUUUUUCGGCAUGGCGAGCUCCAUCUGGUGGGUGAUUUUGACCCUGACGUGGUUCCUGGCCGCCGGACUCAAAUGGGGCCACGAGGCCAUUGAGAUGCACAGCUCGUAUUUCCAUAUCGCUGCCUGGGCAAUCCCUGCGGUGAAGACCAUCGUCAUCCUGAUUAUGAGGUUGGUUGACGCCGAUGAGCUGACAGGCCUGUGCUACGUGGGCAACCAGAACCUUGACGCCCUGACGGGCUUUGUGGUGGCUCCCCUUUUCACAUACUUGGUCAUUGGGACCCUCUUCAUUGCGGCCGGCUUGGUGGCUUUGUUUAAGAUCAGGUCCAACCUUCAAAAGGACGGGACCAAAACGGACAAGCUGGAGAGGUUGAUGGUGAAGAUUGGGGUGUUUUCCGUGCUCUACACCGUGCCUGCCACUUGUGUCAUUGCCUGCUAUUUCUAUGAGAUCUCCAACUGGGGGAUUUUCCGCUACUCUGCAGAUGCCUCCAACAUGGCUGUGGAGAUGCUCAAGAUUUUCAUGUCCCUCCUUGUGGGCAUCACGUCUAGCAUGUGGAUUUGGUCGGCCAAGACGCUGCACACUUGGCAAAAGUGCUCUAAUAGACUGGUGAAUUCGGGGAGGGUAAAACGGGGGGCGAAGAGGGCGGACGGGUGGAUGAAGCCCGGGAAAGGAAAUGAGACAGUGGUAUAAAGAAAGGAGCAGGAACCCAGAAAAUUCUCUUUUCCGUCUCCUCCCCGAUGUAAGAGGAACUGAUGGAGAUGGCAGCAUCUGGAGAAGGGGUGUUGGAGUGAAUCCUUUAUUGAGAAAUAUUUUGAGUUUUUGCAGGAUUUCGAAGGAGGAGAGGAGAGCAAGCAAGGGGGCUUGAGCAAGCUGGUGGGGGAGAAAAGCACAAUUUUCGCAAUGGCUUCACAAAGUUGUGAAGGUAAAGAGUAGAAGCCUCUUGGAUUUCUAUCAGCAAGCGAUGAUUUUAGGAUUCAUGGGACUUUGCACCUCCUGGUUAUGCACAGUGUGCCUUCUCUCACUCCUUUUCUUCCCCUUGGCCUGUCCCGACUCACAUGUAUCACUGUCUUGUCGAAGUAGUGCAAGAGAACAAAAUGGAGAGGAAGAAAUUCCUAGUUCUUCAGGGUUUGGGGAGAAUUGCUAGUGUCAGGGAAUUCUGAAUCCAAGGCCUUUCAACUUGGAAAGUGAUGUUCAGUUCGAUGUCCAGAGCUUGGAUACAGCAGAAAAGUUCUGCAGAAUUCCUUCAAACACAGACCAGAGAAAGUUCUGAGAUUCAAGCCAAACCAAUUUGCCUUUAGCCUCCAUCUACUAAAUACUACGGUACUAUGGAGUGAGCAAACAAACAGAAUGGAAACAGGAUGUCUUUCUAAUCACGAUGACCCCAAAAUGACAUCAAGAUGUCACAGUGCAAGAGAUAAGGUCAUCAAAUCCACAACCCCCCUUCUCUUGAUAGAUUUAUUUUGGUGGGAAAAAAAAACCCAAGAAACUUUAAACACAAUAGUUCCUAGAGCCUUUAAACACAAUAGCUGCAGGAUUCUUUUCCCAUUCAGUAGCUGAAGUUACUAAACAAGAUUCACAGGAGGAUCACAGGAGGAUAGAGCAGUGAUAACACGAUCCCCUGCAGGGGCAACAGCUGGUUUUCAAGUUCUUGGGGAAAUUUUGAGAGGUGAGGAAGUUUUUUCUUAAAAAAAAAAACAACAACAACAACCAUCGAAGCAUAAUGCAUCUAUUUUGCUUCUUAAUUUAAUUUUCAAGCCUCAUGCAGCCACUAAAAAGUUGUUGGCGGAAGUUUGGCUCAGGAAUUAAACUUUUAGUCUCAACUAUCGAGGCGGGAGUUUUAAUAUUUUCCAAGAAAUGGAACAAUUCUUCCUUUUUUUGUACUAAAUCCCUGCUUUAACAAAUGUCUGGCAGCAUUUUCCAAAUUGAGGGGCCUGAAAGCAUCUGAUAUGUGGUGCUUCCUUUGUACAGUUUAUGGCUUAAAAUGUUUAGCCUAGUUUUUAUUCUGAAAAAGGCUGACGGUAGAGAUGGGAAACCUCUCAAUAUCCAUUGCCAUCCUUACUGCCAAGCUUUAAAUUCACCCAUAGGGUCUUCAAAAUUAAGCUUUUGGGGCCUAUUUUCAUGUUUUUCUCAACAGCAGGGAAUUCUGGGAGUUGAAGUCCACACAUUUUGAGGCACCAAGGUUGAGAAAUACCGACUAGCAGGGUAGGGAACCUUGGCUCUUUAAUUCCCAGAAUUCCUGAGCCAGCAUGGCUCAGCUUGGAAACCUCUCCCUUUCCCCUCAGCAUGGCUGGCUCAGGAAUUCUGGGAGUUGAAGUCCACGUGUCAUAAAAGAGCCAAGGUUGCCUAGCCAAUGGUGGUGUUUAAGGCUAUGAAGAGAUUUUUUUUUCACUAUGCUCCUGUUCCUAGUCCUUAUUUUCAUGUUUUUAAGCUGAAAAUCCUACCAAAAGCCAUUCAUUUGGCUCUGUUUUGAGAUUAAAAAUAGUUGUUAGCCUGCAGACAUGCUGAGCCAAUCCAUCGGUGCGCACCAAAUUAAAUUCCAAAAUGCAGCACCACACUUUUGUGACCCUUUUGAGGAACAUUGUCUCUAAAUUUCUCCAGCUCACAAUGACACAAACAGUAAAUUGGAGCCGGACCACAGCUUCUACGGAGCUCCAUGAAUAUUAAUAGGAAAAUUAAUUGAGCUACUCUGGCUUUCAGCCCAGAGGUGAGGUUAGCUAAUUUAGCCAGGCUUCUGGCCUCCCCUAGGACAUUCAAGCUAUGACCUCUGUACUAGGGUAGCAACUUUUAUUUCACGCAACUCUUUGUGCUGCUGCUUGCAGUUGCCAGAGAGAAGGAGCAGAACAUGCAGAAGUUGCUUAGGAAAGCCUUGUAAAUUCUCCUCCUGAUUUAAGCAAUCCUUGCCCAUAAUAGUAAAUGCCCACAACAUUAAAUUAAUAAGGCUAACUUCAUCAGUCCACUGACUGCGAAACAACUCACUUGUCAAAUUUCCCUUCCCCCCCCCCACUAAAAUAAGUUGAAUCUGGCAGCAAAGGUGAUCUACCAGAUUCACGAGCAGUUCCUUUGCAAAUGGGAUCUAGGGAAUUUUAUACAUUGAACUGCACUCCUGAAUAUAGUAAGCCCUGGUUUAGUGUCCAGCAAUUGGAAUCAACAGUUUGGUCAUUAAAUGAAGCAGUCGCUGAGUGAAACCA